AUGAGACCUCCAAGAGGACGUGGUGGCGGUGGUGGGUUUAGGGGAAGAGGUGAUGGGGGUAGAGGGAGAGGAAGAGGUGGUGGAAGAGGCGGCGAUAGGGGAGGCAGUGCCAUGAUGUCCCGUGGCGGUGGCCGUGGUGGAGGGAGAGGACGUGGAGGAAGAGGCGGUGGAAUGAAAGGUGGGAGCAAGGUUGUAGUUGAGCCCCAUAGGCAUGAAGGAGUUUUUGUUGCCAAGGGUAAAGAAGAUGCUCUUGUUACUAAGAAUAUGGUCCCUGGUGAGGCUGUCUACAAUGAAAAGAGGAUUUCUGUUCAGAAUGAAGAUGGGACCAAAGUUGAGUACAGGGUGUGGAAUCCUUUCCGAUCCAAGUUGGCAGCUGCGAUUCUUGGUGGUGUUGAUAACAUAUGGAUUAAACCCGGUGCUAAGGUUCUCUACCUAGGAGCUGCGUCUGGCACAACCGUUUCUCAUGUAUCUGAUGUUGUUGGUCCUAAUGGAGUGGUUUAUGCUGUGGAAUUUUCUCACAGAAGUGGUAGAGACUUGGUUAACAUGGCAAAGAAGCGAACAAAUGUUAUACCUAUUAUAGAAGAUGCUAGACAUCCGGCUAAAUAUAGGAUGUUAGUUGGCAUGGUGGAUGUGAUAUUUUCCGAUGUCGCUCAGCCUGAUCAGGCAAGGAUUCUGGCUUUGAAUGCAUCAUUUUUCCUGAAAGCUGGCGGUCAUUUUGUUAUUUCAAUCAAGGCAAACUGCAUCGACUCGACUGUUCCGGCAGAGGCUGUAUUCCAGAGCGAGGUUAAGAAAUUGCAGCAGGAGCAGUUCAAGCCUUUCGAACAAGUCACUCUCGAACCUUUCGAGCGAGACCAUGCAUGUGUUGUUGGCGGCUACCGCAUGCCGAAGAAACAGAAAGCUGCAGCCUAGGCUGGCCUU